AUGUCGUCAACAGCGCUUGACGCGAAGGUCUACAGGCCGCCUGAUUCCAGUGCAGGGACUGUUACUUCCUGGAUCCCACUCGUUACCCCCUACAGUCUACAUGGAGAACAAUGCACUUCAGCCUUCUGGAGGUGGAAUCCUGCGGGUACUUCAAUUGUCGGUUGGGAUCCUGGCUACGGGAUCAGCGUAGAUCAGAACUUUCGCUGUCUGCCUGAGGCCGUUACCACCUGGUGGAACCAAAACUGGCUAGGUCCCAACACCGAGACGGUCGUAUCAAUUGGGCCACUCACUUGUCCCGAAGCCUACAGCGUGGUCGCUACUCACAUCGAAGAUGAGUCUCGCACCAGGGUGGCUUGUUGUCCAUCAGGGUAUACGUUCAAGACCUGGCAAACAUUCGGAAAUCCUGGGGAAUGCUAUAGUCAGGUAGACUCAGGUGUCGUUCUCACUGUUCAAACUAGCAACGAUCAGAAGGAAUGGAGCCCCACUACUGUGACGACCAACACAACCACUUCAGUGAUAGCCGUCCAUAUCAACGGCUGGAUUUUCGCCGAGGAGACCGGUAGCUCUGAGCCAUCCCCGGAAGCCAGCACAUCUUCGUGCCCUUCAGAUGAUGGGUCACUUAGCACUGGCGACGCGGUUGGUAUCGGGGUCGGGGUCGGGCUUGGGGUCAUUGGCCUUGCAACUUUUGCUGCGGGUCUUUUCAUGAUGCGCCGGUCGAAAAAGAUUCAAAAAAAGGCGCAAGUUGCACCAGAGGUGUCUAUGCACAAUGAUCCACGGCUGCAGGGAACAUCUGGGACCCCUUAUACAUACCCAGGGAGUCACGGCGGCUACAGCGCGGAAGUGGAAGGUAAUUACAAGGCGCCAGCGAGCGAGCUUCCUGGUGUAAACUCAUAG